UUAGACUCAAUGCUGGCUCCAGGAGAUCUGGGCUGGGAGGCCUACCCACCAGAAGGGUGGGAGGAGAUCAGUGUGAUGGAUGAGCGUAACGCUCCCAUGCGCACGUACCAGGUGUGCAGUGUGAUGGAGGCUAACCAGAAUAACUGGCUACGCACUGCACUUAUCCCUCGCUCGGGCGCCCGCCGCAUCUACGUCGAGCUCAAAUUUACCCUGCGUGACUGCAACAGCCUGCCUGGUGUACCUGGGACCUGCAAAGAGACCUUCAAUGUCUACUACCAUGAAUCAGAUAGUGCAGCCCCACCACUACGCCACGCUCGCGAGAGCCAGUAUGUAAAAAUCGAUACGAUCGCAGCUGAUGAGAGUUUUACACAGAGCGACGUGGGUGAGCGUGUCAUGAAGCUCAACACAGAAGUGCGACAUAUCAGUGGGCUCAGCAAGCGAGGACUUUACCUGGCAUUCCAGGACUUAGGUGCUUGCAUCGCCCUGGUGUCAGUGCGUGUAUUUUAUAAGCGAUGCCCUUUAGCCGUGAUGAAUCUCGCACGAUUCCCGGACACAGUGACGGGCGGCGACCAGGCACUUGUGGAGGUGCGAGGAUCCUGUGUGGAUGAUGCCGAGGAGCUGGAGGCACCACGUAUGUUCUGCAGUGCAGACGGAGGGUGGCUCGUGCCCAUCGGACGCUGUGUGUGCAGGCCUGGGUUUGAGGAGACUGAUGGGCAAUGUCAACCCUGUCGGCCCGGAUUUUACAAGUCCUCAUCCAUGGAUGCCUACUGUGUGAAAUGCCCCCCACAUAGCUACUCUCACCAGGACAAGGCCUCUGAGUGUAUAUGUGAAACAGGCUUCUACAGAGCAGAGACGGACCCUCGCUCCAUGGCAUGCACAAGGCCUCCAUCAGCACCAGGCAACCCCAUUUCCACAGUGAAUGAAACCGCUGUGACUUUAGAGUGGAGCCCACCGCGCGACACCGGGGGCAGAGGGGACGUCACCUAUAGCGUCCACUGCAAGAAAUGCUCGGGCACAGUGAGAGAGGUGGGCGAGAGGUGUGUGCCCUGCGGCAGCAGCGCUCACUUCAGCCCACGACAGUUUGGCCUGGCACACCCCCGAGUGCAGAUCACCGAGCUGCAGCCUCGAACCAACUACACAUUUAGCAUCGAGGCUGUGAACGGCGUUUCAGAUCUCAGACCGAGCCCUCGACAUCUAGUGAACGUCAACAUCACCACCAGCCAGACAGUGAGCGUGAUAGUUAAGGAGAGGAGGAGCAGAGACAGCAUCACACUGGCCUGGCAGGGUCCGGAGCCGUCCGACGGUGCCGUGUUGGAGUACGAAGUGACCUAUUAUGAAAAGAAUCAACGGGACCAAAACUACACAGUGCUGAAAACCAAAUCCAACAUCAUGACAGUGGAGGGGCUGAAGCCCGGCACAGUUUAUGUGUUUAGAAUUCGAGCCCGUACUGACGGCAGCUACGGCAAUUAUGGUGGCGAGAUCGAGCUGGAGACGAGCCAUGAAGACAUGUUGGCCAUGGGAGAUCCAAACCAGCAGACCAUACUGGCCGUGUCCAUAGCAGCCGGUGUGGUGUUCCUCAUCCUUCUUGUUGCAUGCUUUGUGAUCAGUGGCAGACACUGUGGCUACAUCAAAGCCAAGCAAGACCCCGAGGACGAGAAGAUGCAGUUACAGCAUGGCCGCGUCCAGCUUCCUGGAACCAGAACGUAUAUUCAUCCACACACAUACGAGGACCCAAACCAGGCUGUCCGAGACUUCGCCAAGGAGAUCGAAGUCUCUAAUAUCCGCAUAGAGCGAGUAAUUGGAGCUGGUGAGUUUGGGGAAGUGUGCAGCGGCCGCCUGCGCCUCCCCAGUAAAAGAGAGAUCCACGUAGCCAUUAAGAGUCUAAAAGCGGGCUACACAGAGCAGCAGCGGAGAGAUUUCCUCAGUGAGGCCAGCAUCAUGGGUCAGUUCGACCAUCCCAACAUCAUUCGACUGGAAGGAGUCGUGACCAGAUGUAAGCCUGUGAUGAUAAUAACAGAGUACAUGGAAAAUGGAUCAUUGGACACGUUCUUGAAGAAACGUGAUGGGCAGUUUGCAGUAAUUCAGCUGGUCGGCAUGCUGCGUGGCAUUGCUGCUGGGAUGCAGUAUCUGUCCGAGAUGAACUAUGUGCACAGAGACCUGGCAGCACGGAACAUCCUUGUAAAUGGUAACCUGGUGUGUAAAGUGUCAGACUUCGGGCUGUCUCGCGUGCUGGAGGACGACCCAGAUGCAGUCUACACUACCAGGGGGGGCAAGAUCCCUAUCAGGUGGACAGCUCCUGAGGCCAUAGCCUACAGAAAGUUCACCUCAGCCAGUGACGUGUGGAGUUACGGGAUUGUCAUGUGGGAGGUCAUUUCCUACGGAGAGCGACCAUACUGGGAGAUGUCCAAUCAGGAUGUGAUAAAGGCUAUAGAUGAGGGCUACAGGCUGCCACCACCCAUGGACUGCCCUGUGGUUUUACACCAACUCAUGCUCGACUGCUGGGAGAAGAAUCGCAGUGACCGACCCAAGUUUGGACAGAUAGUCAACACCCUGGACCAGCUGAUCUGCAACCCUAGCAGCCUAAAACAGCUAGCCAACAACACAGUUUGGGAGGACCAAGCGUCACCAGAGCCUGUAUGCAGCACCGUAGCUGACUGGCUGGAAUCAAUUAAGAUGGGCCAGUACAAGGAACACUUCUCUACUGCUGGCUAUGUCACCCUGGACUCUGUCCUCUACAUCAGUACCAGUGAGCUGGGGAAUAUGGGAGUGGUGCUGGCGGGCCAUCAGAAGAAAAUCCUCUCAUGUAUUCAGAGCCUGCAGGUGCAGCAGCAACAGGGGACCCACAUCCAGGUAUAAAGUAUAGACUCUGGCUUGGCCUGUUCUCUCUGAAGUUUUAUAUGGACGCCACCACUCCAGCCACAGUCCUUUUUUUCAGCACUUGACAAUGACGAUGACGGAUGCAUGUUGCUCUUUGAUCGCUGUAUGGAGCAAAGAAUGACGGCACGUUGCAGAGCAUGGAAGAAUCUGUGAAAACCGCUCUGUGCUGGACGUUUAAGGAGUACUGGAGACUAAUACACGACGGCACACGGAGGAACCACGUCUCUUGAACACUUUUAUAGUUGUGAUGUGGUGGUCACUUACAUAGUGUUGAUAUAGAUGUUGUUUUUAUAAAGACCACAUGUGGAUGGAUCUCAACUCAACGGCCAUUAUGAACUUGUUGUCAUGCUAGUAUUUUAGUGUUGUGAUGGACGACUACCUGAAAACACUAACCAUGAACUUGGACUGGAAAUAGUCACUCACACUCAGCAUUCCAUGUGCAGUUCUCUGGAGUUAAAUGGCUAUUUAAGGUCAAGAACAAAGGAGAAAUAAGAAAGGUUUAGGUAUCUUAAUCCAUGAGGAUGAGUGAUUACAUUUUUUUUUUCUAUGACAAACACUUGUUUACUGAGACCGGUUAUCUCAUGAAUCAGGACAUGAAAGGAUGUGAACUGUCCCUCUCACUUUUCAAAGUAUUUCCAUGAGCAGUACUUAGCCACUAAAGCAUGUGUGCUUGUAAAUAAACAAUUUUCAG